CUCCACCACCACUACCUCCUCCUUCUCUUCCACCUUCAUCCCCACCACCAGAGACCGCGAAGAUGGUGGGAAAGAAAUCGGGAAAGGCGCUUUUGCGCGAGGAAGGUGUGUCAUCUUUCUUCGAGGUCGAGCCUGUUGAUCCAAGCUGACGAUGAUAUUCAUACAGGAUUGGCGCGAACGGAUAAUGGCAUUAAGCAAACAUCAUGGCCAGAUAUCCCCAUGAUCAAUCAAAAGAACUACUACACGUAAGGGCAGCAUGUUCUCUUCCCAAUUGAGCUUGCGCGAAAGCUCUGCGACGAGAAUCGAAGCUCCCCGCUGCUCCAAUCCGACAGAUCCAGAUGGUUAACCAGAAGCUAACCACGCCUGUGCGAACAGCGAUUUCAUGAAGAGGGAAGACCAGAUCCUCCCAUUUCGACUUCAACAAGAAGCAAAUACCGACAAGAUGAUCCGUAAUGCGAAGGACAAGGAUCGCGCGCUCGCGCGGACUGGAAACACUGAUGUCCCAGUCCCAACCCACACAGAGAACGACCAGGAGGAUGAGGACGGCGCGAUUGAUGGAAUCGAUUCGUCAAAGAUAAUUGUAAUCCACCCCGGAAGCCAGAAUCUGCGAAUUGGCUUUGCCAGCGAUCCCCUGCCACAGACCAUCCCCAUGGCCCUAGCAGUCAAAUGCCACGGUGCUGCGAAAGAGUACAAACCAGUUCCGAAGCGGGCGGAGGAUGUCAGCCCAGAGCAGAUGUUUGGCGAGGAGUUUUCCAAGAAAUUUGUAAAGAUGUCCAAGGAUGUGAAGGAGCAUAUGAAGGAAAUCAAGCUCAAGGCGCUACCCAAUUCAAAAGACCUGGCCAUCGGUUAUAAUAAAAAGUCCGGGCCCGAAAUUAUCAAGGAUCACAAUGACCCAAUUCGGGUAGACUGGACCGACGUCAAGACAUUAGAGGAUUCUUCAGCUUCAUGCUUCACUGGUAUGGAAGCUUUACGUAUCCCGGAAAAUUCAAACCCGAACUUCCGACUCUACUACCCGAUUCAACAGGGUUGGCUUCAUGAAAAAGACUACCUUAGUCGAGAACAUCUGGUGGAUGAUCUUGAGACAGUUUUCGAGUGUGCUCUAAAGAAGGAGCUUGGUUUGGAACUCAUGAGCAGUUGGGAACAAUAUCACUGUGUCAUGGUCAUCCCCGAUAUCUACGACAAGGUCUACGUUCAGUAUCUACUCGAUUGGUGUUUGACUACCGCCGAAUUCAAGCAGGUGUGCUUCAUUCAAGAGAGUUUGGCCGCCACAUUUGGUGCAGGCUACUCGACUGCUUGUAUUGUCGAUGUCGGCGCUCAAAAGACGUCUAUUUGUUGCGUUGAAGAUGGCAUGUGUAUUGAAGAUUCGCGCAUCAAUUUGAAGUACGGUGGAAACGACGUCACGCAUACCUUUAUCAAGAUGAUGCUCCACGAUCAUUUCCCUUAUGCCGAUAUCAAUCUUGCAAGACGCCAUGACUUUUUGCUGGCCGAAGAGCUUAAGAUGAAUUUCUGUACGCUCAAUUUACAAGACGUUGCGCCCCAAGCCCAUGAGUUUCACCUUCGUGCUCCAGGUCAAGAAACUCGCAAAUAUGGUUUCAAGACUUUCGAUGAGAUUGUGCUGGCACCUAUGGGUUUCGUGGAUCCGUCCAUCUUUGAUAACAGCGAGAAGCUCAAAGGACGUCAUACGCUUAUCGAUCGCUCGUACAACGCCUACGAUACAGAUAUUCCUGAUGACCCAACUUCCAAGGCCCAGCUGGAGAUUUUGACUGCUAUCAAACCUUCGCUCGCUACUACCGCCACCGGCUACUCCAUGAAUGGCAAUGGAACUAAUGAAUUCGCUACGCCAUCCAAGGAAAAAGCAAACCCCUUAAGCUUUCUAUCUAAAGUGGAAAGUGAGGCAAAUGGCUUUUCCCGAGUCACGUCUGCCGCCGCAUCGCCCGCUCCAGAAGGAUCCAACACCCCCGCCCCAUUUGUCUUUGGUGCCAAUGGCACAAAUGUAGGCUCCCCUGAGCGCAAUGCUAGUACUCCCAACCCGCCUGCGGGCAUGUUUGUCGAUCAGAAUCAACGCACUCAGAAGGACCUUGCUAUUGAGCGUGAUACGAUUCUGCCAAUAGCUCCGCUCGAUACCGCCAUAAUGACCAGUAUUACAAACGCUGUCAAGGCCGGAGAGGACAAGAAAGUAAAGGACUUUUUUGGUGGAAUUAUGCUCAUUGGCGGUGGGGCGAAGACUCCUGGAUUUGGACCAUUCCUCGAAAAGAGAUUGCGAGCCAAGAGACCCGACAUUGGCGAAAAGAUUCUAGUUGGUGUGAGUCCUCGAGAGAUGGAUGGCCAAGUUGUUAUUUGGAAGGGCGCCAGUAUCUUUGGUCGUUUUAAGUCGCACGAGAGUUGGAUCGGUCCAUUGGAAUACGAGAGGCAUGGCCACCGUGCCAUACACAACAAAGUUCUCUGGCAAUGGUAAACAUUGAGUUUGGUGCAUAUUGGAGUCUUAAGCGAAGGCGUUUUUACAUGGCAGGGAUCUGUUAUCAUCAAAAUUAUAAUCUGGCGUUUUGAAAGGAAGGGUCAUUAUACUAAGGGCGUUUUCUGCGAACGAGCGAAAAUGGGAAGGCAAAACUUUACGACCAUGUAUGAAUGUAGGAUUAGAAAAACACUGGAGGGAAAUGAUACUCUUCAGGAUUGGCCAGCGAAAAUGACUGGUUGAAAGGUUUGCUCAGAUAGAAAUAGUCUGUAGGUGUAUGAACUAGAAGUGAUUGAGCUUUUGGGGUGCUCCUGGUGAUGUAAACCUUUUCGACGCUUGGUC